GAGCGCUUUGCUGCUGAAUGCAAAUACAGCAACGCAGGAUUUAGUGUGCAGAAUAGACCCUACACCAGCAAAAAAAGAUGGGCUGCAGUUUGAAAGGAUUAUUUACGCUGGCCAUGGCCCUUAGUUUGUUCGAAAAUGGUUGUGGCUUCCGUUUGCCAGGGUCCAGCGAAGCCAGCAGUCUGUAUCUGAAGAGAGAGAAGCGCUGCUCAUGUAAUAACCUGAGAGACAAAGAGUGCAUCUAUUUCUGCCACAAGGAUAUCAUCUGGGUGAAUACGCCAGGGAAAACCACACCUUACGGCUUAGGAAGUCCAGCAACACGCCGCAAAAGAUCAACUCCAAGGUGCGAAUGUGCACAUUCCAAGGACAGAAUGUGUUCUGAGUUUUGCCACUUGGACAGCUUGAGAGACAACGGUGUCCAACAGCUAACUGGAAGUACACGUACACAACACCAAAUCCCACGCCAACACCAAACCAUAAACUCCAGUACAACGCAACAGCUGAGAACUGGAAAUUCUCAUUUGUUACAGAUUUUAAGACAAAUUGCUUCGUCAAACAUCCAAACUGUUCAAAGAAAACACUUCUUGAAAACUCGGAAUGAACUAUAUCGAGAAAGAAGGAGAUGAGCUGCCCAAAGCAUGUUCAGUCUUUUCCUCAGAGAAGGUGCCAUCUUUAGCUUCUUCCAUUGAUGGUGCAUGAGAUGCCUGGAGAGGACGAGAAGAUGGACAGAGGGAUCGGAUGCACACCAUGAGUAUUAGCCAGCUGCUGUCAAACACUGAUGGCUUUGUUGUUGGACUAUACAAGAAGCAGGAAUGGGGAGAGAGACAUGGAGAUCAAGGAAGGAAGCUGAGCCUGAAUGCUCUUAAGGAUUUUGUCAGAAGUCUUGCAUUUUUUCAAGUGCUUUGAAUUGAACAGAGCAAUCGUAACAAUCUGUUUAUAUUCUCAAGGCAGUAAAAAGGGGGAGAAAAAAAAAACAAGUUGUAUAAUACAUCUACCUCCACAAUGUGAUAAUUAGUCACCUUUGGGCACCUUCAGUGAAGUGGACACAAAGUGAUAGCUGUCAUCAGGACAUAGGAUCUCCAAGUACCAGACCCAACAAACAUACAAGUGUUGAAGCUGAAUGUGUGAUAUAAAAUAGCCCUGCAAUUACCUCAACUCCUGUUGUAAGGGACCUCAAUGCAGAUCCAUAACCAGUGGAUGAAUCACUGCAUUCUUUCUUACUCUUGCUUAAUAUAUAGCAGAGGAAGUAUAUUUUGCCUGUUGUUUUUCAGUCUGCAUUUUCAUAAGUAAAUAGGUUCAGUAGAUGUUUUUGUGCGUAUUGACCAGCUAGGUGAUGGCGCAUCAUGCAGAGACAGACAUGUGGAUGUGCAAGAACACUGAUCAUAGUGACAGUGUUAAAAAUGACUGUGAUGUCCACUACAGACAAACUGCCAAUGCUCACCAGCCAUGUUCAUUCAUAGCCACUUGGCUAUAAUAUCAGAAGGCAACUGGAACUAUGGACAUGGAAACCCAACAAGAGGCAGAGUAUUCAGGAGAUAAAGGGAGAAAAAUAGUUGAGGGAUAACCACGUGGAAUUGUCAAAAUUGCAAUGCCAAGCUGUAUGUUUUGGUACUUUAGCAUACGGCAAAUCAAAUACCAGUCAUUUAUUUAAUUAAUUCGCUUUUAACCAUUGAUCAAUAAUGAGUAUUAGUGAUAACAAACAAAUGCUUAUUUUGUUAAUUGGAUAUUCCUCUAAACAUUAUUUUAACGCCCAUUAACCUUCCAUAAAGUACAGAAAUGAAAUGCCAUUUGAAAGUAGUGUAUUUGUUUGCAGUUAUCACAUGUGGUCGCUUCUAGGUGGCCAUUCAUCCUAUUACAUCUCCUGAAAAUCUCUUCAACUUUUAACGUUUUUGCUGUCAGCAUUCUGGCUUUCAUGUAUUUAUGAUGAGGUUAGGAUAAAGUCAUCACAUCCAUAUCCCUGCAUAGCUUUUCAUUCUUUGUACAAGGAACAAGAGUAGGCCACUGGGUCUGCCAUUCAGUAAGAUCACAGCUGAUCUGAUUUUAACCGGAACUGUAUAUUACUGCAUAUCUUUGAUAAUCUUUAAUCAUGAAUCUAUUGACCUCUGCCUUAAAUGUGUUUAAUCCACUCCCUUUUGAGGAAAAGAAUUCCGAUGACUCUGAACAGCUUGAGAGAAAAGAACACCAACAGGCUUUCAUAUCCAACCAUUUUCCAUCUGUUUCUGCAUAACCGUUUUCCAUAUUAAGUGUAAGGUGAGGAAGCAUAGGCAAUAUUGAACACUACAGUCUAACCAUUUCAUCAGGAUCACACCUGCCUGCUGUGUUUAAUUGUUUGAUUUAUAACACAAAGGGUCCUUGUUUCAAAGCUUACUUGGGUAGCAAGGGCUGAGGGACUUAACAUGAACCAUAUCACAUUUAGAGUCUUGUGUUACUUUAUAUCAUGCACACCAUGCAGAGUGGGUAAUUGGUCAGUAUAUCCAUGUGAGGGGUCAAUUUAAAACACUAUUGUACAAUACUGUUUAAGAUAACAACUGUUAAUUUAUUAUUAACGAUCUGUUAUAUACAGUGACAAGCUGACCCACAUUUCAGAGAUUUAAUAAUUCUAAUCAAUAUUUAAUUAAUUUAUAAUUAACUGUAAAUUAUUGUAAUUCAGUGUACUUUUGAACUAUUGUGAUU